GGGUGGUGCAAUCUAGAUCUCGCGGGACUUGGCGACAUAUAAAAGCUCCUUACCGACCUUCCUUGUUCUUCUUCAAUACAACACCAAAUGGCGGAUGACGCCGGUGCUGCUGGAGGGCCCGGAGGCCCCGGGGGCCCUGGAGUGGGAAGCCGCGGCGGCUUCCGUGGAGGAUUCGGCAGCGGCAUCCGGGGCCGAGGUCGUGGUCGGGGUCGCGGCCGGGGUCGAGGCCGCGGAGCUCGCGGAGGCAAAGCCGAGGACAAAGAGUGGAUCCCCGUCACCAAGCUGGGCCGCCUGGUCAAGGACAUGAAGAUCAAAUCCCUAGAGGAGAUCUAUCUCUUCUCCCUGCCCAUCAAGGAAUCUGAGAUCAUUGAUUUUUUCCUGGGGGCAUCCCUGAAGGAUGAAGUUUUGAAAAUAAUGCCGGUGCAAAAGCAGACCCGUGCUGGCCAGAGGACCCGGUUCAAGGCAUUUGUCGCCAUUGGGGACUACAAUGGACACGUGGGUCUGGGUGUUAAGUGCUCCAAGGAGGUAGCCACUGCCAUCCGCGGGGCCAUCAUCCUGGCCAAGCUCUCCAUCGUCCCUGUGCGGCGAGGCUACUGGGGGAACAAGAUCGGCAAGCCCCACACUGUCCCUUGCAAGGUGACCGGCCGCUGUGGCUCUGUGCUGGUGCGCCUCAUCCCCGCCCCCAGGGGCACUGGCAUUGUCUCAGCUCCUGUACCCAAGAAGCUGCUGAUGAUGGCUGAAGGCGACGGAGCCCGCAGGUCUCCGGGUCGGGGCCCCGGGUUGCGGCGGGGGAUAGUCAGGGUGGCGAAGCCCGGGGCGCGGCCGGGUGUCCAGGAUGGGGCCGGGGACUCCGAGGAGCGGAGGGGCCCUACGGAGCGGCGAUGA